GGCAGCCUUCCGAGUCGACCGCGACGGGUUGGAAGUCGAAACGAACGAACCGGCGCCAUUACUCUCGACGUAUCCGUACGAACGUGACUGUGUCUACUUUUCACUUGUUUUUCUUCAUCGAUCGUGUUAGUUCAUCAAUACUGCGCAGUGUAAGGUUCAAUAUAAAGAAGUCGCUGGGUGGCUGAACGAAGUCAUAGAGAGUUCGCUACGACAUGGGAGCAAGGUCCCGGGAGUUAAUACUGCUGCUGGCAGUGUGCGCACUUGCUAUCAGCGAGGCAGUCAAUAGAACGACUACGAAAAAAGACGGAAAAGACAAGGACUCGGACAACUUCCUUGCGCAAUAUGAAGACUACGAUGGUACCGAUGAUCAGGAAGUUCUGUUUAAUGAAGACCGACCGUGCCCCAGGGAUUGCAUAUGCACUGUAUCCCAAGGUUACAGAAUAGCUAAGUGCAACCGAUUGGAAGUGGGCACGCAAAAAUUCGGCGAUGAUAUUACUGACCUUGUCAUUGAAAAUUCUGACCCAGAAGUGCCCAUUGAGCUUGGCGACUUCAUAUUCAAAAAGUUAGGUUUACAUCAAAUUGCAACCGUUAAAAUUGUAAAUAGCACCAUCGGUUCUGUAGGACCUAAUGCCUUCCAUGGCCUUCAUGAACUUUACGCUGUCAACUUAUCUAACAACAAACUUAAGGCACUUCACCCCGAAACCUUCGCAACCAAUAAAAAGCUGUUGUUGUUGACACUUUCAAACAACCCUCUCAAGUUCCCCGCUCCUGGCACUCAAGAAUACUUUUUGAACGCUUCUUCAGUUCAAGAACUCGAUAUUUCUUACUGUAAUAUGCAAUACAUCACCGCAAACACUAUCAAACAUAUGUCUGGUCUUAUGUAUCUUAAUCUGGCUGGUAACAAUUUAUCAGACAUGGAAGCAGACACUUUCAAAACGUUGUUAGAUUUAGAAGAGCUGGAUCUUAGCGAUAACAACAUCAAAACCCUUGAAAAUGACUUGUUUUCAGAAAAUACAGAGCUAGCAACGCUCCACAUCCAACGAAACCCUAUUGACUCAGUAUAUGGCCUGCAAAUUUCUGAUUUACUAACUUUGAACGCUGGACAGACCAAUAUCAAGUUUGUUGGACCGUCAAUGUUUAAUGGUAUGACGUACAUCGCCAAUCUUAAUCUUAGUGGCAAUAAUAUCGAAAAGAUUCACAAUCAAGCCUUCCACAAACUUGUCGAACUUAACUAUCUAGACCUUUCUUACAAUAAUUUGGACUUUAUUUCAAGUAUACUCAUCAAGCAAAACAUUGAAUUGGAUAUAUUUAAAAUAUCAAACAAUCCAAGGCUAAAACACUUACCCGUUGAUGGCUUCCACUGCUCGGCAGAACAAUUCAAUAUCUACUUGUUUGAGGCUGCAAAUUGCGGACUUGAGGAAAUAUUUGAUGAUUCACUAAAAACUUUCACAGCAUUGUCUCAAAUUAAUCUUUCUGGCAACAAUAUCAAAACAAUCAGUAAUCAGGUAUUCUCGCGCUCUCCUAAACUAGUAGAAAUCAAUCUUGCUUAUAACCAACUGAACUCUUUAGAUGCUAAGGUAUUCGAAAAGAACAAGGAACUUGGUAAAUUAAAUCUACAAGGAAAUCCCUUGAAAGUAUUAUCUCCUGAAGUAUUUGUACACACUCCCAUGCUUACCUGGUUGGACAUGAGUCAUGGAGAGUUAACAUCGCUGUGGAAGUCCGAAAAGAACCACUCUGCCAAUCUCCUUGGCAAUUUGAGUUUCUUAAAUGUUUCGCACAAUCGGAUUUCAGAGAUUAAACAGACCGAAUUGGAUAGCCUUAAUAAGCUCCGUACUUUAGACCUUAGUAAUAAUUUAUUGGUGUGCAGUCGUGAAUUCGAAAACCUCAUGACUUGGCUUAGCAACAAAAAGGUCUCACCAAACGCAAACUUGGCAAGCAUUGCAAAUCUAGCAAAGGACGCUACAGACGAGAGCGAAACAUAUAGCUGGGACGUCCUUACCCGUAAAACUUGUGGAGGAGCUAUUGUUCAUCCUAUUGAACCUCUGCCUCCAGCAGAAGAAGAAAUCUGGGAACGCAUUGAUAAAGAUACUGUAGGAGACUUUGAUUUAAAAGAUACUCUUGACGACGGUAAAAUAGCAGAUGACACAAAAUUAUCUGAUAACAAAGUGGAAGCUGAUGACGAUAACCUUGACACUGAAGAUGAUGGUGAGGAUGACGAAGAUGACGGAGAAGAAGAGGGUGAUGAUGAUGAUUCCAAUGAGGAGUACGACGACGAAGAUGAGAAUGUAGAUCUUAAAGUUAAACUCAUUGAGAAACCAAAAUCUAAAUCAUCCACGCCCGCACCAAGUACAGAAUCAUCACAAAAGGACAAAAUGAAGAUUGAUAUCAAGUUGCUUGAGGACGACAAUUUGUAUGAUGACUUGGAGCCUGAGGUAUAUGUACAGGAAUCACUUCAAGAAUCCGAUCAUGGCCGCUACGAAUACUUGUGGCCCAUCCUAAUUGCUAUUUUGGGCGCAUUAUUACUUCUUAUUGUCAUCGCUAAAGUAGUGAUGGUUGUGUGCAGUAGAAGGAACAAACAAAUCCGAUACAAUAGUGCCAUAAUCGCCGCCAUGAGCCACCCAGGUCGCACAAAGAAGGACUGUGGCUUGGUCUACCAACAACUAUCGGAGGACUUAACAGGACCCGCGACACCAAAACUGAACCGCUACGCCCCAUUACACAACGUCACCGUAAAUGCAUCUAAUGUUCAGUCUUAUGAAAGUAGUCCAUUCCAUCACAGCAAUAUUGUGCCAGAGGCGGUGUGAGUCAUCGGUACAAACUAAUGUAACUACGUUAAUUACUGUGUUAACUCUUACAUAAGCAGUAAGUGAUAGAAAUAAGCGCUAGUCACACACAAUUUACAUAAUUAUUAACUUAACUAAAUUGAGCAUUUUUCGAUAGUGCCUUCAAACGAUAUUUUUCGAGAAUUUUUGCUUAAAGAUUUAGUAAACUAGCGCUUCGUUAUAUCCU